CGAGCCUUUCGAAAUACCAGUUGUAGCUUGUUCUUGUAUUUCACGACUGUUCUUCGAAGUAGAUAAUUACACACACUAUCUACAAGAAUGCACUCCAGCACGGAUGAGAUAUCUCUGCGCGUACGAGUGGAUUCGUGGAGGUCCGUCCAGUAACAUUCUCAUUACGGCGAAGGCAUCUUCUUCUCGUGCGCCAGCAUCUUCAUGUUGUAGCCAUUCUCUACUCGAAGAAAAUAGCUGCCGCCAGAUCAUGUGCUCCAGCGCUGUUUUCUUUUUUUCGAUCUCCAGUUGUUGCUCCCUACAUCAAUCUACUGGGUCGAUCAUCUACAGUUGUUGCUCCCUCUUCUAAUCUCUGUUUCCUCUUACCCCAACGUCGGUACCUGAAAGCCCGAUGCACAAUCCCUGCGCAACUACGACGCGUGUUACUGAAAGAAGCUCCAAGUGAAGCACGAGUUGCAGCUGGUAUUCAACAUUAUGCUUUUGGUUGUUCAUCUCUAAGGGUUCUUCUUGGUUCUAAAGGAUCAGGAUCAGGAGUACUCAGAAUUUAAAUAUCACUGAGAAUAUUCACUAGAACUACUGAGAAUAUUCACUAGUAGAACUAGUACAAGUACUGUUGGGAAUAAAUAUCAAUGAGAAUAUCAUUUUCACCACAUCAUCUCAUCUUCAGACGAUUAUGUUUCGUCUUCUCCUUGUGAUUCCCCGCUUUCGCUUCUCCCUGGGGGAAUGACGUCGACAAAUUAGAAUGCAGCCCUUACGGCAGCUCGCACUACAAAAAAAAAAAAGCGAGAUUAAUUGUAUUGUAUUGUAUAAUUGUCACCGAUGGCUCUCCCCCAAAAAAAUACUUCGCGCCAAUAAUGUAGUUCAAUCCAAAUCUUCUAAUAUCAACAUAGAACUGGAUCGACCUCGACGUCCUUUCCUUUUAAGAACGAAGAUGCUACAACACCCUCUACAACUGUUGGCGAUGCAGCUGUAGUUGGAGUUUCCGCACAUCCUACGAGAACUAGUACAUCAAAUACUACAAGAAGUACUGCAAGUAUAUAUCGUCACGACGAGGAUAGCGAUAGUACUAGCAUUAAGGGUUUCCGAAUUACAUCCCUCACUACCAUCCUUGGCUCCUUUUCAAGGGGGAAAUGGGUCAAGGAUGUUCUGAAGCAUGCAACUCGGAAACCUCUAAUAGCAGUGGUCCGCUGCGAAGCAUAACUCGGCAAGGUUUCAUCAGCAGGAGCUUCUACGAUAGAGACUUUGAAGAUUAUACUGGGGAACAGGAAAAUGGAGAUAGUAGAAUCGAAGAUGAGAAUUUUGAUGUCGUCGAUGAGGUUGAUGAAGUAGAGGACGAGGCAUCUUCUGGACAUCAAUUGACCCACGCUGAAAUCAGCUUCAUUAGAGAGGCAACGAGCAGAUUCGUUCGCACCUCAACAAGUACUGCAGUGCAAGCACCUCUUUUAUGAAGGCCAAGGAAGUGGAACCUGGGAGUUGAAACUCUAUAACUCUCACUCUCUAUCCGAGUACACUAUCUCUAUCAGUUCCAGAAGAUGACUAUCACUAUCACAGCUCCUUAUAAUUUGCUGUGGUCAAGUUUCUUAUUGAACUGGGUGGUCGCUUCGUCUCGUACUCGUAUAAGCAGAAGAACCCGGCAAAGUACUUAGUUGUAUUGCUCUGGUACUAUUUGUUAAAAACUUGAAUUAAAAUCACAAGGAUCCCCUUCUUCUUUUCCUUAAAUGAUCAAAAUCAGGUUACCAAAUAGAAAUACCAGCAUUUUUAUGCGUUAGUAUAAUACUACGUCGGCCCCUUGGAUUAGAAGGAUCUGGCUAGUAUUACUAAAGAUGAGUGCUGGUAUUUGGUAACCCGAUUUUGAUCAAAAAAUUGCACUCACACUCACAAAAAGUGGCUAUUUUCCUACUUAAAUCCUAGCCAAUUUCUUGAGUGUGAGCGCAGGCGCACUUUUUCGCUUCAUAAUUUUUAUUCGUUAGUAUAAUACUAGCCAAAUCCUUCUAAUCCAAGGGGCCGACGACGUAAUAGGCCGCCUUCUUUCUUCUGCAAAGAAUCGUGAGGAAAAUGAGCCUUCGCUGCGUUCGCUAUAUGCACUUCCGGAACCACAAGCGCAGCGCAGUCUUCGGGUGAAGGCUUUUCGGUUGCUCGCUGAGCGCCUAAGGGAGUCAGAACAGGAAUUACGGUGAAUAAAGUUCUUCCUCUUGUUGAUGUUGAAUAAGUAGAAGUAUUAGUUCACUCCUCUUGUUGAUGUUGAAUAAGUACUUAGAAGUAUAAUUAGUUCAUCUUGAGCUUGACAGGCUGAGGCUUUAUCUGACUGGAGUCAGUUGUUGGUUUUAGUUGUAUCUACUAACGGUUGUAUUUUCAUCUGACUGAUGGCAAGAAUACCUUUCUUACCACUUAGAAACUUCGAAAAAAACAAAGUUUAGACAUCGCCGCCGUGGUCCUCCUGCGACCUCUAUCUAAUGCCCAGACAGCUACUCCAGCAUGUGAAAGAAAGACUCAUCGCACAAAGGAAAGAAACAGCUUCGAUUUUCGGGAAGCGUAAAAACGAUACCUCCUCUUACAAGCCUAAGCGCUCGUCUGUAGCUGAGUACAGAGUAUUCGCAUCAACCUGGCAGCAGAUCGAGAAGACAGAAGCAGAGAUAGUGGACUUCUCGAAAGAUCUCGUGUGGGGAAACAGUUAUGGUACUAUUGGAUUCGCUCCUCUAAAAGAAUAUUGGAUUCCGUGCGGCAGUCUGCACUGAAUUCUGUGCGAGAUUAAUUCUUGCAUUGUAUUUGUAAAAAUGCACUCAAUCAGGAACAUAUUACCUCAACAGAUCACGAUGACCGUCGUGCUGGUGCUCGUGACAAGGAAAGCAUAAACAACAAGAGGCCAUUUUUUCGAUCUACAAGUGACUUCCCACUCUAGUAAGCAUAAACAACAAGAGGCCAUUUUUUCUAUCUACAAGUGACUUCCCUCACUCUUCUAACAUAGAACUACCAGAGGCCGCACCUACGUACGAGUUACUGGGGAUAUCGAUGCUGUGCAAGCGAUCGCCUUUAUACGAACAGCUGACAAUAAAGUCUUAGAGGCUGCCCCAAUCGAUGUUGCUCUGAGCAACCUCUUGGCAAGGAUUCUGGACGAGGAGCACCAGAAUUAUGAUCGAAAAUCGUGAACUUUGUACCCUCUACUUUAUUGUAGAAAACAUGUUGUAGUGCUGCCAUCAUGAUGUAGGAACAAUAAGUACUUAUAAUUCUUGAAAAAGAAAAGCAGCUUUGCCCCCAUUUAAGUAGUUUUUGUUUAAGAAUGAAUACUUUUCGUUGUAGUAGUUCGCCUUCGUUGGACCAAGACCAAUUGCGUGCUCGGUCUUCAGUCUAGUCUCCAACUAUGAUGUCCACAUCAAGAUGUUCUCAUCCCCUUCUUCUAAUUGUCAGAUCGCGACUUGUUUUACAGGCUUCACGUAACUUGGGGGGUCACUGAGCCCUCCGGUACAAGACGAAUUGUUCUUAUGGGUCAAAAUAUGUAGAAGGACCACAAAAAUAAAUAAAAAUCUUUAUCUCUAAUAUCUGAGAUAUCAUAUUUCACCGUACCUUGACGUUAGCCGUAACUACGUUAGCCGUGGCUAGUAGUACACUCAGAAAACCGAACAAAGUCAAAUUAUUCUUCUUACCUAAAAAUUAGGCUAAUGAUAGCGAGUGAUGAAGAUGAAUUUGUAGUAUCUUAAUCGUCUUAUCUUGUAGAAACAGAGUAGACAGCCUCUAGUUGUUAUUUUUCAUAGUCGUGAAAGAAUGCUCACCUCCUUGAGGCGAGCCAGCUCCUAUCCUAUCCUAAUCUUCAUCUUGCUGUCCAGGCGGUUACAUCGUACUCGUAGAGUCUGUUCUAAUCUCCUAGCCACGCAUGCGGAGACUCAAGAUCAGUGGAGGAACGCGACGGACACUGUGGUGAAUGUAAAUACCCUAGUGCAAUCUGACUCCCAACUGCGCGAAUUGCAUGAUGCUGCUCAGACUGUCCUAGAGCACGACAGCCUGGUUCAAAAACGUGACCGACUGACAAGAGAACUAAGGUUAUAGCAAAGUCAAUAUUAGAGACUGAGAGUGUGACCAGGGCUUCUUCAUGAUGCUCAACUUACUUAUUUGAAUGAAUUAUAUGAAGUCUGUCGAGUUCUAGAAGUCGCGGCCAUGAGAGCAAGAGCAUCAAUAACAAUAAGUAUAGCUUUCUUACGUUUUCCACUUCCAUCUCGUCCUGCUGUAGACGAUGGACGAGAACGGGUUGCACACUGCUAAUAAAAGAAAAACAACGGCGUUUUGACGAGCUGGCGGAGCAGAGCAGGCGUUUAGAAAUCCUUCUUGAAGAAGCACGUAAUACUAGUGCCUAUCUAACCACCAAGUUGCAGCAGGACAGUUUGAAAUUUCAAAAAAAGACCACUCAUAUGAAGGCUAGAAGAAAUCCAUCUUCAGAGGCAUCCUGAGACCGUUUUCAAGGGGAAAAAGGUCCUCGGAUGCGUCUCGAGAUGGAUUUCUCUUAUAGUUCUAAUAGUACAGUAGUAAAGAGGACGGGUAACUUGCGACGGGUGCAGCCUCCUCGUGCAGCGUCAAUUUCUCGAACAAGUAGCUCAUCCUCAAAUCUUCGUGGUUCUACUCAGCCACGACUGCAACGAACUGGUGCGGCUGCAAAUUAUAGAUUUAUGAUUAUGGUAUUAAAGGCCUCCGGCUCUCGCAGCGGUAAAUAAAUCUCCCAAGACUAUGGAAGUAAAGGCUCUCCCAUCAUCUUGUUCAGUAGACGGUACAUCAAUCUUGAAGCUGUCCUGUCCCAUAGGGAAAUAACGUAGUUUCAAGAUGUAGUAUUUAGUAGGAUGUUGUUGAAAGGAUCUCCAGAACCAGUACAAGAAUUAGGUGGGUCUAAUAGAUACUCAACGUCGACCAGGAGCAAUAACGAUCCGCUGGAGCUUUUUUAUUCCACACCUGAAGAUUACGAUAGCGAAGGGACCAAACCGCUCUUUUCGACUGGCACUUUCGAUUCCUGUAUCGAUCUCCUCAGACGCGUUCUCGACGCCGUCUUUUUCCUAUUGGAACUAUCGCUUGACGUCACCGUGUUCUUUUGUGGCCUGGCGAAACGGUUUUUCGAUAAUUGCAUCUUCUUUCCGAUUGUCGUCCUGCUGUAUUUCGGAUUUCUUGGACUGCACUGCGUGGCAUCGAGCUUUUUCCAAGCAACUUUCGUCCUGUUUAUGGUCUGUACUAGUUGUACUGCCAUUUAUUUUGUACUGCCAUUUAUUUUGUUGUAGCUAAUGAACAAAGAACAACACAUUAUGAGAUUAUACGGUAAUAGAGAACCUCCAACUGAGUAAAUAGUACAACAGUAGAAAGUUAUUUUCUAAGUUAUCCUCUCUGUUUCUUCCUUCUGUCUCCGAUCCUUUCUCGAUCGAGAUUGGGAUUGCUCAGCGAUACGGAGCCAUCUUGGACUACCUGGAAAGUGCCUUACUUCUGGUCAUCUAUUUCUUCUGCAUUUUUCUUCCGACAGCUUGCUGGGUCGAGCGAAGGUAUUCGCGCUUGCCGCUUUUGCUGCAACUAGUCCUCGUUCUCUACCUCGCUUUCUGGUGUGCAGGCACAUUGACCAUCUACACUCUCCGCGCAAUGCUCGUUUCGGGCUAG